AGCUGAAUUGAUUUGGUGAGGUCAGUUUUUGAUGUUUUGAUUGUUGUUGUUCGAUUUCUGUUACUAUGUAUUGUUGCUUGUACUUGUGUUACUUCUUUUUUUUGACUGUUGAGCCGAGGGUCUGAGGAGCAUAGAGUGUAAGCAGAAUUUUGGUAGUUUCAAGAUAACCCCAUAAGCUUAAUUGAUAUGCUGAGGUCAUUUUUUGAUAUCUUGAUUGUUGUCCUUCGAUUUCUAUUACUAUCUGUUGUUACUUGUACUUCUAUUACUUCUUUUUUCGACUGCUGAUCUGAGAGUCUGCAGGAUUUGGUAACUUCAAGAUAACCUCAUUAGCUGAAUUGAUUUGCUGAGGUCAAUUUUUGAUGUCUUGAUUGUUGUUGUUCGAUUUCUAUUACUAUCUGUUGUUGCUUGUACUUCUUUUUCUCGACUGUUGAGCCAAGGGUCUGAGGAGCCUAUAGAGAGUACGCAGAAUUUUGGUAAUUUCAAGAUAACACAAUUAGCUGAAAUGAUAUCCUGAGGUCAAUUUUGAAGUCUUCAUUCUUGUAGUUCGAGUUCUGGUAGUCUCUGUUGUUGUUUGUACUUCUAUUACUUAUUUUUCUCGAUUGUUGAGCUGAGGAUCUGAGGAGCAUAAAGUGUAGCAGAAUUUGGUAAUUCCGAGAUAACCCCUUUAGCUGAGUUGAUUUGUUGUGCUCAAUUUAAAGUCUUUGAUUCUUGUACUUUCUUUACUUAUUUUUCUGGACUGUUGAGCCUAGGGUCUAUCGGAAAUAGGCUCUCCACCUCUGUUGUAGGGAAGAUGGUUUUCAGAAGAAUUCUUGUUUUGAUGAUGGGAUGUCUGGGAUGUGCUGAUCAGACAACAGAACAAAAUGCUAAUAAUAAUAUGGAAUCCAAGUCAUCAGUUGUAGAUGAAUCUGCUAUUACUACUCUUAGAGUCAGACUUAGUGAUGGGAGGUACCUGGCUUAUAGAGAAAGAGGAGUACCCAAGAACAAGUCAAAAUACAGCAUCAUUCUUGUUCAUGGAUUUGGCAGCUCCAAAGAAAUGAACUUUAUGGCUUCUGAUGAACUCCUGGAUGGAAUGGAGAUAUACCUCCUGAUAUACGACAGAGCUGGAUACGGAGAGAGUGAUCCAAAUCCAAAACGAUCCGUUAAAAGUGAAGCAUCUGAUAUCGAAGAGUUAGCUGAUCAGUUGCAAUUAGGAUCUAAGUAUUAUGUUAUUGGCGUGUCGUUGGGAUGUUACCCUGCUUGGAGCUGCAUCAAACGCAUUCCUCAAAAGCUUGGAGGAGUGGCUCUAAUAGUCCCGUUUAUAAAUUACAAGUGGCGCUCGCUACCUGAUGAUCUCACGAAGGAUGAUUACAGGAAACAACUCUGCCGGCUUAUGCUUUUGCUCACAUGUUAUACCCCGGGGCUAUUACAUUGGUGGUUCACUCAAAAAAUGUUCCCAUCAGCUACUGUUCUUGAAGGAAAUCCUAAAUUUUUUUGUGACAAAGACUUGGCCGUCUUGAAGAAUACAGACGGAUAUCAAUUGUUCACUCAGGACGGGAUAAGGAAACGAAGGGUAUUUGACUCCCUUCGUCGUGACUUUAUUGUGGCGUUUAGCAAGUGGGAUUUUGAUCCACUGGAGCUAAGUAACCCGUAUCCACAAAACGAAAGCUCUGUUCACAUAUGGCAAGGUUACGAGGACAAGGUUGUGCCCGUUCACUUACAAAGACACGUCUCGCAAACGCUCCCUUGGAUUCGGUAUCAUGAAGUUCCUGAUGGUGGGCAUUUGCUUGUGUAUGAUACUGCUGUGUGUGAAGCUGUCUUGAAAUCACUUUUGCUUGGAGAAGAUCCUCCAUUGUACAGGCCUAAAUUAGGUGUUUGAGUCUAAGUUGCGCGGACUCUUCACUUUCAUUGCCGCACUCGUGUUGGACUCUCAAAAAACACACUACUUUUGGAGAAUCCGACUCGCACCGAUUGACAUAUUUGAAGAGUCCAAACAACAUAGGUUUGAGUAUUAGUUCAUUCAUUGUACCCAAAGAUGACCGUUGUAAGUUACUCCAUCUGUAUCAAUUUGUUUGUAUUACUUUCUUUAUAGUCUGUAUAAAACGUAGUCUCUUUCCUUUUUGGGCGAUUCGGUAAUUUCAAUUUUUUUACAUGGCAUAUGUAAGGUGACAUGAUUAAAGGGUAUUUUGAUACAAUUCAA